AUGGCUGGUACCGGUGAAAAAAAUCAAAUAAUUGAUUUACAUGAAUUAUGUAUUGAAGGUGAUUUUGCAGAAUUAAAAUCCGCAUUAAAUUCAUCAAAAGAUAUUGAUGUUAAUCAAUAUAAAUUAUUUGUCUAUCGGCCAUUAGCAAAUAGUUCAAAAGAAGUAGAUGAUUCACUUGAUGUUGAAGACGAUUAUCAAUCAGAUGAAGAUGUAACCGAUUCUGGUACAAUGUUUGAUUAUCGAUCUCCACUUUUUUAUGCUAUUCUUCAUGAUCGAUUAGCUUGUGUUAAAUUACUUAUUGAACAUGGAGCAAAUACAGAUAAAUUGAGACCUUGGGGUUUAAAUGCUCUUUGUUUAUCAUGUUAUUGUGGACAUAUACGUCUUGUCGAAUAUUUUCUUAAUAUAAAUUUAAAUGCAAAUGUAACAGAUAAACCAAGUGCAACAGAUAGCUAUUUUAGUUCAUUAUCGAAUGAACAUGAACAUAAAAUAAAAAUGCGUGAAAUGCAUUCACGUGUUGCACAAGAUAUGGGAAUGUUUCACUAUCCACUUCAUAUUGCUAUUAAACAAGAUUAUAUUGGAUUAGUUAAACUUUUACUUAAUUAUAAACAAAAAUUUGAUAUGGAAAUAAAAGAAGCUUAUACGAAAAGAACACCAUUACAUAUUGCUGCUGGAAAAUGUUCAACAGAGAUAAUUAGUCUUCUAUUAGAAGAAGGUCAAGUUGAAGAAAAUCCAAUAGAUUUAAAUGGUCAUACACCAUUAGAUAUUGUUUGGAAAUUACUUAAUAAUUUAGAUUAUCAAUUUGAAUAUAGAGAAGAAACAUUAAAAUUAAUGUUAAGUCAUAAAUGUAGAUUUUCAUCACUUAAAUCACUAACAGAAUUUUAUACAAAUUCUUUAUCAGCAUUUCGUCGAUUUGAAUCAAAUUUUUGGAUCGUUAUUGCCUAUGAUUUACGAUCAUUAUUUCUUGAUUAUUUUGAAAAUAAUAAAAUUUUACUUGUUCAUAUAUGGGUUUGGUUUAACCGAAAUUAUCAAGAUACUGUUAUUGUAUCAAUUUCAUCUGUUGCUUUAUCAAAAUGA